AGCUGCUGGCGAGCGACUGCGCGCGCGCCUUUGGGAUGCCCGCGCGUGGCGACGCGCCCAUGAACGCCGCCAACGCGCUCCAGGUGUUCUGCACGGAGCGCUACUCCCAGACCUAUGGUUUGGCACGGGGCGAGCGGGUGGCGCGGAUCGAGAUGGAGGAACGCAUCGCCCUGCUGGGGUCCCUCCGAUCCCGCGGGGCCCCCGAGGGCCCCGGCAGCCCGGGCCCCAGGGCCCUGCGCGAAUUCCUCACGGCCACGGACGUGCGGAUACAGCUGCUGGAGCCGUCGACGGGCGACACGGGCGUCGACGCGGAGUCACUGUCCAAGUACUUCUACUCCAUCGCGGACAUCGCCGUGCCGGGCCGCUGUGCCUGCCCCCGGCCCCAGGGGCCCCCCGCGGAGCAAGGACCCCCCAGGGGGGCCGAGAAACCCCACAUCCGUUACGCCGGGCCGGAUCGGCCACACGCCGGAUUGGGCGUCCGUCACCACGGAGCGAACGUCCAUCACGCCGGAGCAGCUUUUCAAGGCGCUGGAUCGGAUCGGCGUGAGGCUGGACUGGAUCUCCAUGACGUUGGAACGGAUGUUCAAAGCACUGGGCCAGAUGUCCACGACACUGGAUUGGAUAUCCAUUACGCUGGACCGGAUCGAGAUGACACUGGACCAGAUGUCCAUCACUCUGGACCAGAUGUCCAUCAGUCUGGACCAGAUGUCCAUCACUCUGGACCAGAUGUCCAUCACACUGGACCAGAUGGCCAUCACUCUGGACCAGAUGGCCAUCACUCUGGACCAGAUCAACAUGACACUGGACCAGAUGUCCAUCACUCUGGACCAGAUGUCCAUCACUCUGGACCAGAUCGACAUGACACUGGACCAGAUGUCCAUCACUCUGGACCAGAUGUCCAUCGCACUGGACCAGAUCGACAUGACACUGGACCAGAUCGACAUGACACUGGACCAGAUGUCCAUCACUCUGGACCAGAUGUCCAUCGCACUGGACCAGAUCGACAUGACACUGGACCAGAUGUCCAUCACUCUGGACCAGAUGUCCAUCGCACUGGACCAGAUCGACAUGACACUGGACCAGAUCGACAUGACACUGGACCAGAUGUCCAUCACUCUGGACCAGAUGUCCAUCGCACUGGACCAGAUCGACAUGACACUGGACCAGAUGUCCAUCACUCUGGACCAGAUGUCCAUCACUCUGGACCAGAUGUCCAUCACUCUGGACCAGAUCGACAUGACACUGGACCAGAUGUCCAUCACUCUGGACCAGAUCGACAUGACACUGGACCAGAUGUCGAUCACUCUGGACCAGAUGUUCAUCGCACUGGACCAGAUCGAGAUGACACUGGACCAGAUGUCCAUCACUCUGGACCAGAUGUCCAUCGCACUGGACCAGAUGUCCAUCACCCUGGACCAGAUCUCCAUCACGCGGAACCGGAUCACCAUGACACCGGACCGGAUCUUUAUAACACUGGGCCGGAUGUCCACUACACCGGACCGGAUAUUUAUGACACCAGACCAGAUCAACAGCCUGGAUUGCCGACCUCUCCCAUCGAACCCGCUCCUCUUCCUGCAAUCUCCUUCAGUAACAUCACGGGGUGCCAGUGCCACGGCCACUCGCGGCGCUGCGUGCCCGUGGGCGUGCGGGCGCUCGCCUGCCUCAGCUGCCGGCACGACACGUGGGGGCCGCGCUGCCAGCGCUGCCGCCCGGGAUACCACCGCAACGCCAGCGCUCGCCUGCACGAGCCCACGGCGUGCCGCAGCUGUCAGUGCGAGCCGCUGGGCUCGCUGCACCCGCGCUGCGACGCCGCUGGGCAGUGCUCCUGCCUCCCGGGAGCCACGGGCCUCACCUGCAGCCGCUGCCUGCCCGGCUUCCACUGGCACGGGGGCUGCCGAGCCAAUCUGUGCGACGACGCCCUCCUGCGUUGCCACAACGGCGGCGUCUGCCUCGAGCACAGUCGCUGUCUGUGCCCACCUCGCUACGCGGGCCCCCACUGCCAGCGGGAGCUGUGCCCCCCCGGGGGCAUCGGGGUGCCCGAGGGGCACGGCGAGGGCAGGCGACCCAGGGGGCCCAGCGGGGUCUGUGGCAGCCGGGCCACCAGCUGGCAGCGGAUCCCCUCUACGCCAACGGCGGCGGCGCCGCAUCAAUCUCGGGCUCCAGGGAGUGGUGCGACUGCGGUUGGCAUAG